UGGUGAAGUUGAUUAGUUAUUGUUUCUGUUUCUGGGUUUGGAAAGAGAAUUUUGAAUUUUUGAAAUGUUAACAUAAUAUCUCUGUGUUGGAGUUUGAUCUUUCUAGUGAGGAAAAAAAAUGGAUUUUUAAUGGUGAUCUGAUGGAUAUCUUAGUUUGGGGUUAUUAAAAGAAUGGUGAAGUGAAGUCGGAGUCGGAUUCAGGUUUUAAAUUUCAUGUCUUUUAGUAGGGAUUUUAUCACAAUUCAUUUGGUUUACCGGAGAAACCACUUUUGGUGAAUUGCUAGAAGAUACACAGGUGAUAUUAUCCAAAAGAGGUCGGUAUGCUCAUGAAGCCGGAGAAGAAAUCCAAGAAAAGGAAAAAGAGUGCUAGCACCAACGGUGUAGGAGUGACAAAGGGUGAUGCUAACAGUGCUGAGCUUGAUUUAAGUUUCAAGCAAGAAAGGCUCUCUGUUGUAGGGACCUGGAAAGAAAGGGAUAAGGCAAAGAUGGAGACUAAAGCACCAGGAGAAAGUGAAGCUCAUAACGUCAAGAGAAAGAAAGAAAGAGGUAGUGGAAAACAGUGUGGGAAGUCCAGUAAAGACGGCUGUGAGGAUGCUGUUAAAAGUGCUGUAAAAAGGAGAAAAAAGUUAAAGAAUGAGGGAGAGACAUUGCACGAUUCUCUUUUAGAUACCAAAACAAUUGCUCCUGAAAGUUCGAAUGAAACACAGGAAACCAAGGCGGUUGAGACGCUCUGCGAGGGCUCUGGUGGAAAUCUUAUAGACGGGGUGAAUAGGAAGAAAAGGAAAAAGGAAAAAGGGAAAAAAGCGGAUGGACAGGUAGAUAUCGUGGCUGGUGUCAUUCAAGGUUAUGUUUCAGCUAUAGAAGAGAUAGAAGACAGCAAAAUAGAGAAUGCUAAUAUCAGAAAGAAGAAAAAGACUAAAUCAGGACACAGUUGUAAAGAUCUUACACAUGAAAAGUGUGAAAAAAAAGUGAGAUUUUCUGUUCAAGUUCAGGUUUUCCCUCCAUCCAGUUACCCAAGUGACGAGGAGUAUGAAGUUGAGGAAGAAAAAUUACUGCGGGGCAAACGAUUCUCAAAAGAAGAGGAUGAAAUUGUCAAGGAUGCUGUUUAUAGAUACAUAGAGGUACAUAACUUGGGCGAAGAAGGAUUGCAAAAGGUUUUGAACUCUAAAUCUAGUCCCGAAGCAAGAGGCUGCUGGAAAAAAAUAGGGCGCGCUAUACCAUACAGGCCUUAUGUUGCAGUUUAUUGGCGUGCACAGCGUUUGUUUCGAAUGGGUGAGAAGCGUAAAUAUACUGAAGAGGAGUAUGAGAUGAUACGAAAGUUUCAUACAGAACGUGGGACCAAGUGGAAGGUCUUGGCCGAUGAACUUGGGAAACAUGAGACUCAUGUGAGAAAUGCAUGGGGAAGGAUAAAACUGGCCAAUCGGAAGAAAGGAAGCUGGUCUCAGGAGGAGAUCCAGACUUUGUUUGAUUUGGUAAACGCCGAUUUGCAACAGAAGCUUUGUGAAGAGAAGAAAUCUAUGCAUGGGAUGUUACGGGAUAAUAUUAGUUGGAGUGCAAUUAGUGACAAAUUAUCCACCAGGAUUUCUCAUCAUUGCUGCAAGAAAUGGUACGGACAAUUAACGUCACCUAUGGUGGCCAAAGGUGAAUGGGCAGAUACUGAUGACUAUCGCCUAGUUGAUACCCUUUUUGAACUGGAUGCAAGCUGCAUAGAUGACGUGGAUUGGGACAAUCUUCUUAGCCACAGACCUGGAGAGUUAUGUCGUAAAAGAUGGAACCAAAUGGUUCGUCACAUAAGUCAACAUGAAAACAAGUCAUUUGCUGUACAAGUAGAAGUGUUAGCUAAGAGAUACCGCCCAGAUAUGGUUGAAGCAAGGGAGGCCUGGGAUAGGAAACCAGCUGUUCCAUGAUAUAUUCAUCGCUCAGCAUGGACGUUUCUGUGGAGAGAGAGAUGCUUAAGGAACAUGUAUUCUGAGGCGGAUCCAGGUUUUUAAAUCUGAGGUGGUGUCAGGUAUACGUGGAAUAGUCGAGGUGUGCGCAAGCUGGCUCGGGAAUCACUGUUAUUAAAACCAAAAAAGCAUCCACAAAUGUUUUGGAAGUGACCCUUUCCUGCCUUGUGAAAAGUAAAGAAAAGGGUUUUCACAAUUUGAUGUUGGAAAAGGAUUUGAUGUGUUGGACGAGUCGCUUUGCGCAAGAGAAAGUCUUCUAAUCAAGAUAUUGCAUAUCGAAUGAUGACAAUACUAGUGACAGAGUGUUCUUGGGCAUGAGAAAAGGCCUUCUAAUCAAGGCAUGCUUAUGGAAUGAUGACAGUACUAGAGACAGAGUGUGUUCUUGGACUUGAACGUAUUAUGAGUCGGAGCAAUGUAGUUAUUUGUAGUUUUAUGGGUUUUCUAUUUUAUUUGGCUUCUCUGUUAAUCAGCUCUCCCAGGAUAAGAAAUUGGUAAAUGAUUUGUACUCCCUCUUUUUUAUAACGCUCUUUCCUUUCCAAUCUGUUUUAAAAAGAAUGUUACCUUACUAUAUUUGAUAACCUUUAUUUUAAACUUUUCAUUUCA